GUCAAAAGUUUGAUUAGGUUUAGUUUAGUGAUUUGUGAACAAUUAUUGUGUUACCACUUAUGUUUGUUUGAGGUUAGCAAAAUGGCAGGAAAUAACAUUCAUCUUGGUGGAAAUGUUGGUGACAAGAAAAUGGCUAAACCUUUGCAUAUUCAACGUAUCGAAGCCGCUCUCGAUAUGCGACCUUUUUUGGCCUACGCCGAAAAAGUUCUUUCCGAACCAUUGACUAGUAGUGAUGAUGAGGACGAUGAAGAUACUACUGACGAUGAUUCCGACUCAGACUCGUCUAGCGGAAACAUCCGCAAUUAUAGGAAACUAGCUUUUGGUGUAAAAGUUUCGAAGCAAGAGCGCAAUGAAGACAAGCGAUUUCUUUAUAAUUUAACUUCCGUUGGUCCGGAGAGGCUCUGGUUGCAAAAUCUUUUACUAUCUGAUUCCGAAUCGGAAAGUGAAAUUUCGGAUGAAGAUGAGUAUAUUCGAGAUAUGCUCAAAAAUCACCUCCGAGAAAAAAAAUACAGAGGAAAAUACUACAGCACCAUAAGCAAUUCUCAAUACGGAUAUUAUGGAACCGGGUUGUUAUCAAACUACGACAUGUUUCCAGAACAUCAACGAUCUAUCGUAGGGGUUCGAAAACGUAGAAUGAAGCGUGUGAAGAAAACAGUAAAACUAAAAUCCGGAAAAAAGAAAAUGCCCAAAACUGAAGAAGAUGAUCGAGUAUCUGAGCUUGGUGAUAUCGAUUGGGAGGAACAGUUGGCUGCAUUGAAAAGUGAUAAUCAAGAUGAUAUCGAUUCAAAACCAACUAGUCCAUUGGGAACCAAAUCGAAACGUGGACGCAAACCUGCUGCAAAAACUCCAGAAAUGAUGGCCGCCAGAAGACGGAAAAUCUGGCAACUAAUGGCAAAGAAAGAAUUAGGCAAAUUACAGCGAGCCAAAAUAAAUAAUCACAAAGACAUGAUAACCAAUUGUCGACGAGUAGCAUCGCUAUGCAUGAAAGUUUCGAGACAGAAAGCGAUGCAAUCGCAAAAGUUAAUGAAGGAAACCAUUUGGAAAGCUAAACGACUGACCCGCGAAAUGCAAGGAUAUUGGAAAAGGUAUGAUCGUGUUGAAAGGGAAACGAGAAGACGCAUGGAAAAGGAGGCUGAAGAACAGCGCAAAAUAGACAUAGAGAUGGUGGAAGCAAAACGACAACAAAGAAAGUUAAACUUUUUGAUUACACAAACAGAGCUUUACGCUCACUUCAUGUCAAAAAAGCUUGGAAAUGUGUCGAAAGAAGAACAGUUGAAAAUUUUGUCACAACUUGACGAGGAAUCGAACCCAAGACUAGCAUCAAUUGAUUGUUAUGAUAGUGAUUUGAUGAAACAACAGGCUCAUAAGAAUGCUUCUGACGCGUUUAACAGCGAUCGUUUACGCAAGCAACAGUUUGAUAAGGCUGUUCAACAAAAAAUUCCGACUAAUCAAAGAGUAGAUGAAUCUGGAACGAUAAUUGAUUUACCGCAACCAACUAUUUUCCGUGGUUGUCUAAAAGGAUAUCAGUUGAAGGGGAUGACCUGGCUGGCAAAUCUUUAUGACCAAGGAAUAAGCGGAAUUCUUGCAGAUGAAAUGGGUCUUGGUAAAACGGUCCAAUCGAUUGCCUUUUUAUGUCAUAUAGCGGAAAGUUAUGGUGUAUGGGGUCCAUUUUUGAUUAUUUCACCGGCUUCAACUUUGCAUAACUGGCAGCAAGAAAUGGAAAGAUUUGUACCGGAUUUUAAUGUCGUUCCUUACUGGGGAUCACCCAACGAAAGGAAAAUCUUGCGCCAGUUUUGGGAGCAGAAAGAUCUACAUACCAAAGAAGCCAGCUUUCAUGUAGUGAUAACUAGUUAUCAAUUAGUAGUAUCAGAUUACAAAUACUUCAAUCGCAUAAAAUGGCAGUACAUGGUUCUUGAUGAAGCCCAAGCGAUUAAAAGUUCAAGUUCUGUCCGUUGGAAACUGCUUUUGGGGUUCAAUUGUCGCAAUCGGUUACUACUCAGUGGUACGCCAAUACAAAACAGCAUGGCUGAACUGUGGGCGCUAUUGCACUUUAUUAUGCCUACGUUAUUCGAUUCGCAUGAGGAAUUUAACGAAUGGUUUUCAAAGGAUAUUGAGAGCCACGCGGAAAACAAAACCGGCAUAGAUGAAAAACAAAUUUCCCGGCUGCAUAUGAUUCUCAAACCAUUUAUGCUACGACGUGUAAAGAAAGAUGUAGAAAAUGAAUUGUCGGACAAAAUUGAAAUUAUGGUUUACUGUCCAUUGACGACGCGGCAAAAAUUGUUGUACGUUGCGCUAAAAAAGAAAAUUCGCAUUGAAGAUUUGUUACACCUAACUGGUCAUGGAACUGGCGAUGGACAUGCGUUUGACAAAAACUUUACAUCCAAUCUGAUGAACCUUGUGAUGCAGUUUCGAAAAGUGUGCAACCAUCCGGAGCUGUUUGAGCGGCGAAAUGCAAAAAGUCCAUUUUUCUGUCAAACGGCCGAAUACACGAUUGCGCGGGUAAUAUUCAAUGAAGGUCUUAUUUCGAGAUCCUUUCCCAGUAAGCGUCAUUUACUAUACAACCGGUUUAAUAUUUUCAAAUGUGAAAACGUCUUCACAUCGAUAUUUGGAAAUUCUGAUGGAUCUGCUGUUAAUUACCCAAAUAUGCAGCAUUUGAAUGUCAACGACACCUUCUCAUUUAGUCGAUUUUUACAUUUAUCGCCAUCAGAAAUAGAGAAGUUGACAUUAAACGGUCUCAUCUAUUAUUUCAAUCAUGUCUAUCAAUGGCAUGAAUAUCUUAAGCUGCUUCAUUAUCGUUGGGUUUUUUGGCGAAAUUCCGGAAAAACAAGCUGCUUAUUACUGGAACCAACAGUUGAAAAAUGGACUAACCCUCUGUAUAAAACAUUAUACGUAGUGUUAACUAAUUUAAUUUUCACGGCAACUAGUCAAAAUAGUAUUUAUACUCACACCUGCCACCGGAAACGUACAAUGCAGGAAACAAUGGAGCAUCGAAUUUUGAGAAGUCGAAAAGUUGUGAAUUUGAACCCUGUUGAACGACAAAUGAUGGCAUCAACUUCUGACUUGGCAUUUCACGACCUAGAUGACAUGCAGCCAGCAUCAGCAAAGGAAAAGCACGCCAGUACAAAAGCUUUGACUACAAAUGUUCCUCUUUUACCGGAGUUCUUACACAGUUUUCAGUCUGAAACAAAACUUGAAUGUUGGCCAACAGAGAUGCCACGGUUCUUAUAUGGACAAAUUUCACGCAUUGUUAGUCCCGGACGAAAACACUACUGCGAGAGCCGAGAAGCCGCAUGGACAGCAAUCCGACAUGAGCAUUGCGAAUCCAGGGAAGGAUUCGAGUUGGUGGAUAAUGCGUUGAAAUUGUCUUAUCCAAGUGCGCAUGGCUGGUCUAAUAUUGUUAUCCCAGAUAAGCAAACAUUAGUGUCCGAUGCUGGCAAGUUGGCAGUAUUGGACUCCUUAUUGUCACGUUUGAAAAUACAAGGACAUAGGGUGCUAAUUUAUUCCCAGAUGACGAAAAUGAUUGACCUUUUGGAGGAAUACAUGUGGCAUAGGAAACAUCGAUAUAUGAGGCUGGAUGGGUCUAGUAAGAUAUCUGCAAGGCGUGAUAUGGUUGCAGACUUUCAAAACCGUGCUGACAUUUUCGUUUUUUUGCUGUCAACGAGAGCUGGUGGUCUCGGAAUAAAUCUAACGGCUGCAGACACGGUAAUAUUUUAUGAUUCUGACUGGAAUCCAACUGUUGACCAACAAGCUAUGGAUCGUGCACAUCGUUUAGGACAAACUAAGCAGGUUACGGUUUAUCGAUUAAUCUGCAAAGGUACCAUUGAAGAAAGGAUUUUACAGCGCGCCAGAGAAAAAAGUGAGAUUCAGAGGAUGGUGAUUAGUGGCGGCAACUUUAAACCAGAUACACUGAAACCAAAAGAAGUUGUCUCAUUACUUUUGGAUGAUGAAGAAAUCGAGCUAAAAUACCGACAAAAGACUGAGGAACGGAAGUUUGCCACUGAAGAUCUACUGAAGAACGAUAAAGAACGCGAUAAAAAGCGAAAACAGAAUGCCGCGUUGUGUAAGAGUUCGGAUCAAAAAAAAUUAAAACCGGAUGGUGUGCUUGAUGCUGAUGACUUAGCAUUCUUGGAAUCGGGAGCAACGAGUCCUGCACCAAGUGAGCAAUCGAACAACAGCGGUCACCUUAAGUUAUCCGAAUCUAUUAGCAGAGAUGAUUCCAGCAAUGACGAACUAAUUGACUGUGAUAGUACUAGUGGCUCAGUUACACCAGUCUUGUUUUCCACUUACGACGGAUUGGGAAGGCAGAGGAAACGUCAUCACCCACGUGGAACCAAACGAGGCAGACCACGCGGCUCGCGUCGUGGUGGCGGAACGGGCAGUUCCGGUCGAAUAGAUUCAGCUACAAUAUCGGCGGCACCCUUUGAUGCCUCUCCAUCAACCUCUGAUGCACCUGUUAUCCAGCAGCUUCCACAGGUAAAGCGCGGACCGGGACGCCCACGUUUAAAACUGAACGGACCUGGACAUCAAGGGUACCGCAGCCACACACGAGUUGUUCAACGUAUUAGGAAACCUGUUGGGCCACUGGUAGUGCCGUUAGGACAAAGCCCUGCAGCUACACCGAUAGUACAAAGUCCUGCUCUCAGUCCGUCACAGAGUCCAGCACCGGAUCGAUCACAGGACAACUGAACAUGUAUAGCUAAACUGUGUUUACUUACUUGCGUGUGUGACGUGUCGAACCUGGUAUUUUAUUGAAUGUUAGUUAUUACGAA